UGACACUGAGAGGAGAAAUGGCACAGAAAGGAGUUCAGCUGGACCGAGAAACCUUCUCUUGUUCCAUCUGUUUGGAUCUACUGAAGGAUCCGGUGACUAUUCCCUGUGGACACAGCUACUGCAUGAACUGUAUUAAAACCCACUUUGAUGAAGAGGACAGGAAGGGAAUCCACAGCUGCCCUCAGUGCAGGAAGACGUUCACACCGAGGCCUGUCCUGGAGAAAAACAUCAUGUUAGCAGCUUUAGUGGAGCAGCUGAAGAAGACUGGACUCCAAGCUGCUCCAGCUGAUCACUGCUAUGCUGGACCUGAAGAUGUGGCCUGUGAUGUCUGCACUGGGAGGAAGCUGAAAGCCAUCAAGUCCUGUUUAUUCUGUCUGGCCUCUUACUGUGAGAAAUACCUCCAACCUCACUAUGAUGCAGCUCCAUUAAAGAAACACAAGCUGGUGGCCCCCUCCAAGAAGCUCCAGGAGAACAUCUGCUCUCGUCAUGAUGAGGUGAUGAAGAUUUUCUGUCGUACUGAUCAGCAGAGUAUCUGUUAUCUCUGCACAAUGGAUGAACAUAAAGGCCAUGAAACAGUCCCAGCUGCAGCAGAAAGGACUGAGAAGCAGAAGGAGCUCGAGGUGAGACGACUAAACAUCCAGCAGAGAAUCCAGGAGCGAGAGCAAGAUGUGAAGCUGCUUCAACAGGAGGUGGAGGCCAUCAAUGGCUCUGCUGAUAAAGCAGUGGAGGACAGUGAGAAGAUGUUCACUGAGCUGAUCCGUCUCAUCCAGAAAAGAAGCUCUGAUGUGAAGCAGCAGGUCAGAUCCCAGCAGGAAACUGAAGUGAGUCGAGUCAAAGAGCUUCGGGAGAAGCUGGAGCAGGAGAUCGCUGAGCUGAAGAGGAAAGACGGCGAGCUGGAGCAGCUCUCACACACAGAGGAUCACAACCAGUUUCUACACAACUACCCCUCACUGUCAGCACUCAGUGAGUCUACACACUCAUCCAGCAUCAAUAUUCGUCCUCUGAGGUACUUUGAGGAUGUGACAGCAGCUGUGUCAGAGACCAGAGAUAAACUACAGGAUAUUCUGAGAGAGGAAUGGACAAACAUCUCACUGACAGUCACUGAAGUGGAUGUUUUACUGUCACCACCAGAGCCAAAGACCAGAGCUGAAUUCUUAAAAUAUUCACGUGAAAUCACACUGGAUCCAAACACAGCACACACAUGGCUAUUGUUAUCUAAUGGGAACAGAAAAGCAACAAGAAUGAAACAACCACAGCAUUAUGCUAAUCAUCCAGACAGAUUCACGGGAUGUAAACAAGUCCUGAGUAGAGAGAGUCUGACUGAACGUUGUUACUGGGAGGUGGAGUGGAGAGGGAAAGAAGUUUAUGUCGCAGUUGCGUACAAGAAUAUCAUCAGACACGGUAUCUCAAAUGAAGCUGGAUUUGGAUACAAUGACAAUUCUUGGGCACUAUAUUGUAACAUAAACAAAUAUAACGUUUGGCCCUUAAAAGGCCACAUUGUCCUCUCAGGUCCUCGGUCCUCCAGAGUAGGAGUGUACCUGGAUCACAGAACAGGUAUUCUGUCUUUUUACUGCGUCUCUGAAACCAUGACUCUCCUCCACUCUCCAGACCACAUUCACUCAGCUGCUCUAUGCUGGACUUUGGCUUUAUUACUCUGAUGGAGACACUGCAGAGUUGAUUAAAGUCAAAUAGAGAAGACAGGUUCAUGUUGAUCCCUGACCAUUAUAUCUACUUGUGUAGUUUCUAAAUGAGGCUUUACAUUUUAGAAGCUGAGAAGUUCAGUGGUCCAUUGAUGUGUGAAAAUAAUAUUGCACUGAUUCAAACUGUACUUACAUUUAUAUACCUUACAUCAAUAUAAAUCUGAAUUUGUUCUUAUGGCUGAUAAUCAUGUGAGUUUAAAUGAUACUACUCUUCAUAUUCAGCAUGUUUGAAAUCUUUCAUCAGUCUGGUUAGUGGUUUUAUUCUGUAGUUGCUGUAGUGGGUUGUCAAAUGCAACAAUAUAUUGGAGCUGCAGUGAUUCAUCAGUUAGUCAAUGAUUAGAGAAUUGAUUGUUUUAAAAUGUAACAAAAAAAUGAAUCCUUGAGGUUUUUGACCUUAUAUUAUUGUUAUUAUUGUAUCUACAGUGAUGACAUUUAAUGACAUUUUUCAGAUGUAAAGUUUGAUCACACUCGAUCAUUUAUACAUGUAAAUAUAAAACUAAAUAACACAGGCCUGUAUAUUGUGGAGGAUAGACAUGUUUCAUUGCCCUGAGCUGUGUCACAAUAAUGAAGUGAACACAUUUAUAGCCAGUGUUCAAGAUGAUGGAUAGAAAUGAAAAUCAUGGAGCAUUUAUACAUUUUUAGGUCUGUUUCUUACAGCAGAUACAGCAUUUACAUGAACUCACUGGCCUUUUUCCACUGAACGCUCUCUUCUUCAUCACCUCAUCUUCCUAAAAAGUGGAUCUACCAACAGUUUAUUUCUUUGUUAUUGUGAUUAAAAUGUCAAACAAAUAUAAUUUCCACUUUUUGUGUGACAGAGGCAGGAUUUUCUCUGUCCUGCAUGUGGAGAAAUCUGCUGUUAAAUCAGAACAUUAACAGGUUUCAGGUUGUAUUCAAACACAUAUUACUGUGUAUCAUGUGUCAGCAGGCAUGUGUUAACAGGGAUUAUAAGACACUUUAGUGACUUUAAUGCAUAUUUAUAUGUUUAACAUAUUUCUGUUUGUUCACUUAUAAACACAUGUGAUUUAUAUCUG